UUCCGGUGUUGCUAAGCAAUGUCUUUUCACGCGGAGUUAGUAAGUGGAGUUAUGAAGCCGCUAUGAUGUGGAGAUAUGUGAUCUAAAAAAACUUCUGGAUCCCGGUAGAUAAAGGCCAGCGAAUAUGUCUCAGAAGAAAUUUUCUGGGGCACCAUUCGGAGUACAGACUUCUAGGUUUGAUGUUGCUGGAAUUCAUCCAAAAAGCAAAAUACCUGGGACAAUAACACAAGUUGCAUAUGACAAGAAAUGCAUGUCAGAUGUGAAUCGCCGUCUUGGACCAGGUUCAUAUAACAUCAAUGUGGGUGGAUUCAAUCCCAAGUCUGUCUUUGAGAGAUCUUCUGGACCUGGAUGGGAAAGGGCAUUUGAAACAGCUCGCCUGGCAAAGAUACCUCAUCUGUUGUACAAAGAACAAUGGGAAAAGAAGCAACUACAGAAGCAACUUCUUGGUCCUGGAACAUAUAACAUCACUAAUUUUAUUGAUCAAAUGAGCAAAAAGCCUGGGAGUACAAGGGGUGUCUGUGAAACCAGAGAAGCAAGAUUUGAUGCUACAAGAUUGAGUCAAGUGCCAGGGCCAGGAACUUAUGGUAAGGGAGGGAUACCAAGUGCUGUGGUUGAAGAGAAGGUGCAAAAGUCCGUCAGUAAUGUAGGAAUGCUGGAUUCUGGAAAGUCGUACAAGAGACAGCUUCCAGAAGCGGGAAGUCGUCUGUGUCCUGGACAAUAUGAGAUGAAGAGCUUCACCGAUGAGAUGGAAGCAAGAGUAGUUAGCAAAAGAGGACCUUAUGAUCUCUUCACUGGUGAAAGGAACAAGCCCGUAUCUGUGGGAUACUUUGCUCUUCCGGGAAAGCAAACUUUGGGUCCUGGAGAGUACGACUUAAAAUCAUUCUUGCAUGAGCUGCAUGAUAAGCAUCAAAACCAUCACGGAGUCUUCCUGAAGGUGCAGCGCUUCCCACCAUACCCAACCAACAGGAUCUACUGUUCAACAUUGAGUCAAUACCCAAGAGACUCUACCGACCCAGGACCUGGAAACUACUCUCCUCAGGAACUUACUAAGCCAGAGGCAACUGUUAGACCACCCUUUGGCUCAACUGCGGACCGAUUCGACCGUCAUGCCAGAAGAUUCUUCCUGGGAAGCAUAAAUCCAGUUGGUCCUGGGCGAUAUGAUGUGGAUCGCUAUGACAAGGCACAGCACAGUAAUGGACAUAGAAGUGCUUUCAACUCUAAAGCCAAGAGAUACGAUCUUAUACGGGACAAAUACUUAACGGAACGGAUCAAACCAAGUGAGGUUGACAAAGUUUUCAUGGUCCCCAUUGAUGCACAGUAAAAUUACCAAGCAAGCUUGUUCUAGCAAUGGUACUUCAAGGAUUUAUUUCGAAUUUUCUCAUCAAGAAUAUUAAAGAAGAGUUAAAAGUAUUUAGUAGCAAAUAGCACAUUUCCCAGUGCACUACUUUUUGUAAAUCGAAAAUUCAGCUUGUAUGUUUGGGAAACAAUUUAUGCAUGCUUUAUUUCCGGCGAAAGGGCGGAAGCCAGUCAUAUGUUUUCUAUUAAUGCGUGAGAUAUUUUUUUUUACACAAAUCAAUUACUACUUAGUGUUUUUAUCUGGAUGAUAUUUUAGUAUUGGUUUCCUUAAAAAAUUUUCAUGGAACAAUUUAUGACUCUGUGAACGAUAUAGACAUAUAACAUGAAUUUCGACAUGUUAACAGUAGGUCUUCAGGAGUGCAGAUCUUUCAUUAAAUUUUCGUACGAAGCGUUUUUUAUCAUCGGAAAAUACACCCAAUUGUAAUGGAAACUCCAAGUUUCAAGUGUUUUGAUUAAAGCCAUACAUUUUGUCUUUCUUA